GUUGACAUUGCAAUUUCGCCUGAGACGCGCAAUUCUCGGGAUAUGGAAACAACUGCGACUUACGACCUACAUAACGAUUUGUGUUCCUUGUAGUUGUCAGUGCUCCAGUGGAAUUACACAACAUCUGACGAAAGACCGCAGCUGUCAAACAUAAUCCACACGAAUUAUUUCUGAUCUCGUUCUGGGAAGAAUCGCUGAGCGCACUAAUUGGUUUUGGAAAUUAAGAGGAAAUUCAACGCAGCCAAUUAGGCCAGCCGCAUAUGCAGUCGUGGAGAUGAGUCGGAGUCGUGUCGUUGUUCUCAGGCUCAUCUCAAUUCCCGGAUAAAAAAAAAGUGGCUGGAUUCAAGUGUUUCGAUUGUAAGAGAACACAAUGUUGGAGGUGGACAAGAUCCUAGAGAAGUGCGGCGACUUCAGCCGUCUGCAGAUGAUAAUGCUUCUGCUCUUCUGUGUGAUCAACGUUCUUUCAGCCCUGCACUACUACUCCCAAACUAUCAUCAGCUUCGUUCCCAAAUACUGGUGUGCAGAUGGUUUGCCCGCCAGCAUUGAGUCUCCAGUUGAUUCGAGCUGCCUGCCAUUGAACCGGAAUAUUAGCACUCCGAAUACGUGCUACAGCUAUAACUACGAGCUAUACAUGGGCUACCAGAGCUUUCCCAGCGAAAUGGAUUGGGUGUGCGCCGAUGCCUGGAAACUCACGCUCGGCCAGUCCAUGUUCUUUGUGGGCUCUGUGGUGGGCUCUAUGGUUCUGGGCUACCUGGCGGAUGUGGUUGGACGUCUGCCCAUUCUGAUCGUGGCCAACCUGAUUGCUAUGACAGGCAAUCUACUUACCAUAUGGAGCACCAAUGUCACGCUUUUCUGUAUGUUUCGCAUGAUUUCCGGCAUUGCUACGGAUAGCAACUUUGUGAUGAUGUACAUUUUGGUUAUGGAGUACAUGCGGCCAUCGGUGCGCACCCUUGGCCUGAGCAUCUGCAUUGGAUUUUUCUACUGUCUAGGCUCGAUGGCGGCACCCUGGAUCGCCGUGCUCAUGCGCAGCUGGCGGGGAUUCCUACUGACCACCUCCUUGCCCCUGCUGGUGGUGCCAUUCUUCUACCUCAUCGUGCCUGAAAGCAUUCAGUGGCUGAUUUCCAAGCAGAAGUAUGACAGCGCAGUUGUCUGCCUCAAAAGGGUAGCCAAGAUAAAUGGACGGCACGUGGAAGAGAGUGCCUACGCGGAGUUCAUCGAGGAGUGUAAGUGCAGUCAGCAAAACCAGAAGGCAUCACCCCAUCUACUUGAUCUGUUCCAAACGCCCCGACUCCGUCGCCAUACCCUCAUCCUCUUCUUCAAGUCCAUGGUCAUCACCCUCUGCUACGAUGCGGUUUCUCGCAACGUUCAGGGCCUUGGCAUUUCGCCAUUUGUGAUGUUCUCGCUGAGCGCCACCGCCAUUCUGCCGGCGUGUCUGCUCAUCAUCGCCCUCCAAGAUCGCAUCGGUCGGAAGGCGAUGGCGUCCGCCUCUCUGCUGCUGAGUGGCAUUUUCAUCUCGGUCACCGGAGGCAUCAUCUUUGCCGCCUCUGCAUCGGAUAAGACCACCACUUUGCUGGUAAGCCUGUCCGUAGUGGGUCGCUUUGGAGUGACAGUGGCCUACAAUUCAGGGGCGCAAUAUGCCACCGAGCUGAUCCCCACCUGCGUUCGCGGACAAGGAGUUGCAGCAGUCCACGUGGCCGGCUAUGCCUUCACCUUCUUCAGUGCGUACAUCCUGUUCACGAGGAGCGUAUUCUCGCCGCUACCGGAGAUUAUCUUGGGCGUGCUUUCCUUGCUGGGUGCGUGUCUCUGCCUCCUGCUGCCGGAAACCCUUCACCGGACAUUGCCCACUUCUUUGGAAGAUGGUGAAAAUUUCGGAAAGAACGAUCGGUGGUACACCUUUAGUUUUCUGGAGGGACGAACUCAAUCAGCCGCCACACUGGACACCCAAAACGCGAAAAUGUACUCGCAGUCAACGGAAUCGGCCGUCUACUUUUGAGUAAAUAUGUUUGGAUUGUGGAACUCGGUUAUACUGGACUUGUAGUUGUCUGUGGAAACAGUUAAAGUGUAAUAUUUUGUAGUACAAGCAGCGGUAUCAAAAAUUAGACUGUAUUUGUAGAAUAAGUUUUCCAAAUGUGUACACUAAAAACGUUUUCAGUGAUCAAAAAAUAAAUGAAUAUAUUUGUAAAUACUGAG